AUGACAACAGAAAUCAAAGAACUCUCCCUCCCCCUCCCUUACACCCCCCACACGACCGCCCACAUCCACCUCACACGACACCAAACCUGCAGCACAGUAUUCCUGACCUCGUCGACGCCGGGCGAUGCAGCAGGGAGUAUCAAGCCGAUGGGAAGUUUUGUGUAUGCGAUGCCAGACAAAACGAAUCCCAAAAACGUGCUAUCAACAACCAUCUACUCCUCCCCGGGAAGUGUAGAAUACACGGCCCGGAUUGCGAAGAUUCUCGCAAGGAGAAUGAAGACGCCUGUUUAUGUGGGCGGGAGUAUUGAGCCUGCGACGAUGGGGGUGAUGGCUGAGGAGGAGAUUGAGGGGGUGAAGAGGAUUGUGGAGGUUGUUGUUAGGGGGUGGGAGGGGAUGAAGAUAUGA